AUGGCUUCGUUACGCCGGGGCAGCAGGCCGAUGCAGGCGCUGUUUCCGCCAAUUUGCGCCCGUCGCGACGCGUCGUUGGCCGUGACGCGAUGUUCGUGCAUCGCUCCGCCACCGUCUGCAAGGCACUGCUUCGUAACGACAGCCAAGGCCAAGGAGAAGCGUGCGCCCACGAAGAAGGUCAAGCCGACCACAGCGCCGCACGAUGACACAGCCGCCCAAGACCCGCGCCUGCCACCGCUCAGCCUGGCGGCGCUCCGCGACCUGGCCGUUCUGUGCGGCCGCAACUCGUCCGGAACACGCGCGGUCUUGCGCGCCGACCUGGAAGCCGCGAUACACGAAGCGAUGCCGGCACAGAAAGGAGAGACAGCACCGCCGCAGCCCCGCCGCAUCCUCUCCAUGGACAUGGGCGUGCGCAACCUCGCGUAUUGUCUGCUGCAGGUCGCGGCGCCGGUGCCUGGCCAAGACCACCGUGCCUGGCCUACGCUCGUGGCAUGGGAGCGUCUGUCCCUGGCUGGCGCUGGCGCCAACACGGCAGCGGGAGACAGCACGACUGUCGCAAGCACCUCUGCCUUUUCCCCGCCCGUUCUGGCCGCUGCGGCCGCGCGCCUCGUGCGCGACCGGCUGCUGCCCUUGUCGCCGACGCACGUGCUCAUUGAGCGCCAGCGGUUCCGGUCGGGCGGCGCGGCGGCCGUGCUCGAGUGGACGGUGCGGGUGAACUCGCUGGAGGCGAUGCUGCACGGCAUCUUUGCGUACCGGCAGCUGGGGCGGCGGUCGACGGUUGAAAACACGGUCCAGGCUGUGCAGGCCGUCAGCCCACAGCGAGCAUCGCGGUUUCUCUUACAGGGCGGCAUGGGCGGCAGCAGCAUCUCGCCGCCGCCACCAUCCACGACAAGGACCAAGGAGAAAGACAUCAAGCAUGUUAAGGAAGCCUUCGUGGCCGGCCUACUGCGCACACCAGGUCCUACUCUCGCAUACGACAAGAGCAUUGGUGGCAUGGUUGAUGCGUACCUUGUACGGUGGAAUGCAAAGCAGAGCCGUGGCCGGGGCCGAUCCAAAGACGCGUCGAGCAAGACGGAAGACGACACACCAAAGCCCCCGCCUACGCCUACGUCCACCGAACAACCAGCACUCAGCAAGAUUGACGACCUGGCCGACUGUGUGGCCCAAGGACUCAUUUGGCUCGAGUGGGAGGCCAACAAGACCACUCUCCGAGAAAAGGGAGCAGAGGCGUUGCUGGCUGUGAAGCAACUGGCAGGAUGA